UCCGGGUGUUAACAGUGUACAGCUGCAGACUAACAUGACUCUCCUGAAGUGCACACUUAGUCUGUUGGUCCUCCUGGUGGUCUCUGACCGGUGCUGGGCUGCAGAGCAGGACCUGCCUGUCUCUGAGCUCCUGUGGAGGGCCAACAAGGAUGUUGUGCACACAGAGGAGGAGCCCAUCGUCGUGGAUGACAUCGCUUACGACAAUGAAAAUGAGAGGAACGCCGAUCAAUGCACCUCCCGUGGCUGCAUGUGGGGCAAAUCUAACGACGGGAAGGUCUACGUGCCCUACGUCAUUGCAGACAUUAUUCAGCACUGUUACUCCUACGUCGGCCGUCGUGGUAACUCCCAGACGUUGUCUCUGGACCGCCAGGGUUGCGUCUACCACAGCACCGUCCAGCACGAGCUGCUCCACGCCCUCGGCUUCAACCACGAGCAGUGUCGCUCAGACAGGGACCAGCACAUCCGCAUCCUGUGGGAGAACAUCCAGUCUGGUUUGGCUUAUGCCUUUGACAAGAUGAACACACUGAACAUGGACACACCCUAUGACUACAACUCUGUCAUGCAGUACCACAGGUAUGCCUUCUCUGGGAACAAUAAACCCACCAUGGUGCCCAUCCCCAACGCCAACGUUGAAUUCGGCAAGGCCACUCAGAUGAGCAAGAACGACAUCACCAGACUGAACAGGCUGUACAAAUGUUAAACAGUGAUGAUAAGAGGCCUGACAACACAGUGCUGCUUCAGACAACAGAUCACUUGUUUUAAAGGACGUUUUCUCACUGUUAAAUAAAAUUUAAGAGAUUGACAUCGACAAUAAACUUUCACAUACCUCAUCA